AUGAAAAUAUUCUGGCUUAGACCAUCUGCUGGAGAUUCAUAAUAAUCCACUGUUGUUUAUUAGAAAUAAUAAUAGGAGACUGUUAAAAAAGUCAUUACACCUUAAAGGGAAUCAACAAAAUUUCCUUUUCACUUAAGUUUAGAAAAUGCGAAAUUCAUAAUUGAAAAGUAAACAUGAAAUUUAUUUUAAAGUGUAAAUAAUAAAAUCUUGAGUAGUCAAGUCAGGGCUCUUUUGAGUGCCCCUGUAAAAAAUUGGAUGUAAUUGAAUACCAAUUUAAAAAAUCUAGAAAAUUGUAAUGAUUUUUUUAACAUUCACGUUAAUUCACUAUUUAUAUAAUUAGUCGAAUAAAUAUUUAAGAAAUAAAAUGAAAAUUAUUAGAUGAAAACAUUAAUUUUAACUCUUGAUUAUUACAUGAAUAUUUAAACCUUUUUAUUGUUUUUAUAUUGGAAACUACUUAGAAAUAAUGAGGAAUUAAUACUUAUAGAAAAGAUUUUAGAUUGGAUAAUUAAAAUUAGGUAUAUUUGCCUAAAUAUAGAUUAUUUAAUGGAACAUUUCAUCCACUUCUUAUUUGAUAAUCGUAUUCAAUUAAGAUAAGUCAAACCUUAUGAGAUCAUUCCAAAACCUUUAAUAGGUUAUGAAGAAAUGGAUUUAUUUUAAAUAGAUCCUGUAGUUUUAAGUAAUGCAAUUACUGAAAUUAAUGAAGAAUUUUAUUCAUAAUUAUAAUUCAAUAAUUUACUUACUAAUUUAAACAAUGGAAAGUAAAGUUAAUUCUUAUCAGAAUAUUUUGAUAGAAUCAACUCUUUUUCAUUAUACAUUUAAGCAACUAUUUUAAGAAAGAAGGAUAGAAAAAAGGCUAUAGAUUAUUUCUAUGAGGUUUGUUUAGAACUUUGUAAAAAUGAAGAUGGGGAAGGAGUAUUUUUAUUAUUUACUUUAAGUAUAGAACGAUUGGAUUAAGAUUUAUUGCAUUCUAUUUAAUAUAUAAGUCCAAUCUAAUAAUAGAUACUAAUCGAUAUGACUAAAACAUUUGUUUGUAAUAAACAUAUUUAUACACCUACUUAUACUAAGAAGCUCUAUCCAAUCCCAUCUUUUUAUCAUUUUUGGACUAAUCUCAAAAAAUUAGAAUAAGCAGCUUAAUAAAGUAAAGAUUUGAAGUAUAUUGAUUAAAUUCGAAGUAUACUUCUAGAUUUAAUGUUUAUUCGUGAAUCUAAUAGUUCAAGAUUACUCACAAGAUAAAAAUAAAAUGAUCCUCUUUUAAAAUAUUUCUUAUUAAAAGGACAUUAAACAGAGCUAUCUUAAAUUUUAGAAAUUCCAAUUGGGAACUGGAAUUAAAUGUAAUUAAAAUUAAUGAAAAUGGCAUCAAAUUGA